AUGUGGCUUACACAGGUUGUCCUCUCAUUUGGGCCCUUUCUGUGGGCUACACCCGUUUAUGCCAGUGAGUUCGUAAUAGAAGAGAAAGAAGACAUAUUCAAGAUACAGUCCUGCCCUGCUUUCUUAAUGUUCCAGAAUGCUGCCUACCUGGCCGAUAUGACCUUUGAGCUGCCUUGCCUGUGCAAGCCCGAGGACGUGACCUCGGUUGUUUGGUACUAUCAGAAAGAACUGGGCAAAGGCCACACAAAGGUGCUGACCGAUUUCCAGGGGACAAAGAUCUUGGAUGCUACCCGGUUGCGUUCCCGCUCGGACAUUCAGUCCAGGUUCAGAAUCUUGAUGUUCAGCCUGCUGGUUUUCAAUGCACAGCCCCAAGAUUCUGGACAUUACAUGUGUGGCUCUGUGACGGGAGAUUAUUUCUAUGGUUUUGACAUUGAUGUGCAAAGUUACAAAAAUGCACACAUAGCCUUCCAGGAGAAGAAGGAGAAGCCUCUGCCUGACGUGGAGACCAAAACGUACAAGAUCUUCACAUCCUACUGGGAUUGGACUGUGUGCGAUCGGUGUGGGGUGAGAGGAGAGCAGCGACGCAUCGGCUUGUGUUACAUCCAUAGCCCUUACCUGUACUUCAGGUACAAGAAGAUUGUAGCCAAUGUGGUCUCCUGUGGCUCAGCUGCCGUUCCCCGCAGGUACCGGCACAUUUUGAAGAAGAGGAAAGCUGAGAUCAUGGUACGGAGCUGUUUCAUGCCGUGCCCAACCCAGUAUCCCUCGAUAGAAGGGGAGAAGUUCAUCUAUGAUGUAUUUGGUUUUACGAAUGACAAGAAUAAAAAGGCCCCCAUAGUUCCAGUACAGUCCCACAUCCAUCCCAUUGGGUACCCCUUGAUGAUUGCCUGUCCAGAAGCCAGGGCGGAGCACGCUGUGGCUUGGGACAAGGGACGCCGGCCACUGUACAAGGUGGAGUACAUGUUGGGCGUGAACCGCAGCAUGAGACUGUACAUUGAUCAAGGUAAUCACCUGGUUUUUCGCUCAGUUCAGCUGAAUGAUAUUGGGACCUAUUACUGCUGGAGGCAAGGCCAGAUGAUGGCUGGGAUCAAGCUGAGGAUUGGCCUUCCACCCAGGAUCCACAGGAAUUUCACUGACGAAGAGUCCAUCUUUGCCAUACAAACUAUUCUCAGUUCUUACUUCGUACUAAUGCUAAUAUUUAUCUUCCUGAAGUGUUUGAGAUGUUGCAAUCAUUAUCUUGAUUGUUUUUAA